GGAGCGGGCAGCGCCAUGCGGGCUGCCGCCUGCCUCCUCUCGCUGGCGCUCUGCGCCCUGCCCGCCGCCUCAGGCGUCGGGCCGGCGGCGGGGCGGCGGGGCGAGAGCCGCUUCGCGGAGCGGGAGAGCAUCAGGCCGCUGCGGUUGGUGUCCGGAGAGGGCGGCGGCGGGGCGCGGCGGCCGGCGCUGAGCACGCGGGUGCGGAGCGGAGCGGCGCGGAGUCAGUCUACCCACAUUGCUCGAGCCAGCUUCCAGGUUGAUGCUUUUGGGUCAUCCUUCAUCCUGGACGUAACGCUAAACCAUGAUCUGCUGUCUUCUGAAUACCUUGAGAGGCAUAUCGAGCAAGGUGGAAAGGCAGUCGAAGUUAAAGGAGGAGAACAUUGCUAUUAUCAGGGAAAAAUUCGAGGAAAUCCAGUGUCAUUUGUUGCCUUGUCAACAUGCCAUGGACUACAUGGGAUGUUCUAUGAUGGAAAUCAUACUUACCUUAUUGAACCAGAUGAAAACUACAAUUCAGAUGAUGACUUCCAUUUCCACUCUGUUUACAAAUCCAAGUUGUUUGAGUUUCCUUUGGAUGACCUGCCAUCUGAGUUCUGGCACAUGAAUGCUACAUCACAGAAGUUUGUUGUAAAGCCGAGGCACAAAAGAAGGAGAAGGCAGGUUCGUCAGAUUCCACGUAAAAUUGAAGAAGAAACAAAAUACAUUGAGUUAAUGAUUGUAAAUGAUCAUCUGAUGUGUAAAAAGCACCGCUUAUCAGUUGGCCACACAAACAGCUAUGCUAAGUCAGUUGUGAACGUGGCAGAUUUAAUAUAUAAAGAACAGCUUAACACCAGGAUAGUAUUGGUUGCCAUGGAAACCUGGGCUACUGAUAACAAGUUCACCAUAUCUGAAAACCCCUUGGUGACCCUGCGUGAGUUUAUGAAAUAUAGGAGGGAUUUUAUCAGAGAGAAAAGUGAUGCAGUUCACCUUUUUUCGGGGAGUCGAUUUCAGAGCAGUCGAAGUGGUGUAGCUCACACUGGUGGAAUCUGCUCCUUGCUUAAAGGCGGAGGUGUGAAUGAGUUUGGAAAGCCUGACUUAAUGGCAGUUACCCUGGCACAGACAUUGGCUCAAAAUAUUGGCAUUUUCUCAGACAGAAGAAAACUAAUAAGUGGUGAGUGUAAGUGUGAAGACACCUGGUCUGGAUGCAUAAUGGGAGACACAGGGUAUUAUCUACCAAGCAAGUUCUCCAAGUGUGAUAUUGAAGAGUAUCACGAAUUUUUAAACAACGGAGGUGGAGCCUGCCUUUUCAAUAAGCCAACCAAGCUUCUGGAUCCUCCAGAAUGUGGCAAUGGUUUUGUGGAAGAUGGAGAAGAGUGCGACUGUGGGACAGCGGCAGAGUGUGCCAGCGAAGGAGGAGAGUGCUGCAAUACCUGCACGCUGACAGCAGGCUCCCAGUGCAGCAACGGGCUCUGCUGUCGGAAGUGCCGGUUUGAACCUAAGGGUGUUUUGUGUCGAGAAGCAGUGAAUGAUUGUGAUAUUGCAGAGAACUGCACAGGAAACUCCAGUCAGUGUUCUCCCAAUAUUCAUAAAAUGGAUGGAUAUUCAUGUGAUAACAGGCAGGGCAUUUGCUUUGGAGGAAGAUGUAAAACCAGGGACCGACAGUGUAAAUAUAUCUGGGGUGAAAAAGUGUCAGCUGCUGACAGGUACUGCUAUGAGAAGUUGAAUAUUGAAGGGACUGAGAAAGGAAACUGUGGAAGAGACAAGGACUCUUGGAUACAGUGCAAUAAACAGGAUGUGCUUUGUGGAUACCUUCUGUGCUCGAACAUAUCUAGUGUGCCCAGACUUGGAGAACUUGAUGGUGAAAUCACUUCAUCGGUCUUGCAGUUUGGUAAAGUCUACUCUUGCAGUGGUGGGCAUGUGAAGCUUGAUGAGGAGACGGACCUGGGCUAUGUGGAGAAUGGGACGCCAUGUGGGCCAAAUAUGGUGUGCCUUGACCAUCGCUGCCUCCCCAUCGAAUCCUUCAACUUCAGCACCUGCCCGGGCACCACAGACACCCAGAUCUGUUCAGGACAUGGUGUUUGUAGCAAUGAAAUAAAGUGUGUCUGUGACCGAUUCUGGGGAGGAGAUGACUGCAGUUCUCGAAUCAAAGAUGAUGUAUUUUUUUAUAAAGAUGCCAUCAACAAAGGUGUUGUUAGCACAAACAUAAUAAUAGGGGCAAUUGCUGGCACCAUUUUAGUAUUGGCUCUCGUUUUAGGGAUAACUGCGUGGGGUUACAAAAACUACAGAAGACAGAGACAAAUACCCCAGGGAGAUUAUGUAAAAAAGCCCGGAGAGGCCGACUCUUUCUAUAGCGACAUGCCUCCUGGAGUCAGCACAAACUCUGCAUCUAGUUCUAAGAAGAGGUCUGCUUUUCUGUCGCAUUUUCAGAUUUCUACCUGUUCCAUCACCCAUUAUUCCAUUAGUCAGAACAUUUCAUUGUUUUGCAGCAGGUCAAAUGGAUUAUCUCAUUCCUGGAGUGAAAGGAUACCAGACACAAAGCAUAUUUCAGACAUUUGUGAAAAUGGGAGGCCUAGGAGUAAUUCUUGGCAAGGUAAUAUAGGAGGAAACAGAAAGAAAGUCAGAGGCAAAAGAUUUAGGCCACGGUCUAAUUCAACUGAGUAUUUAAACCCAUGGUUCAAAAGAGAAUAUAAUGUAGCUAAGUGGGUAGAAGAUGUGAAUAAAAACACUGAAGGACCAUACUUUAGGACACUGUCUCCUGCAAAGUCCCCAUCUUCGUCCACUGGAUCUAUUGCUUCCAGCAGAAAAUACCCUUACCCAAUGCCUCCGCUUCCUGAUGAGGAGAAGAAAGCAAACAGGCAAAGUGCCAGGCUAUGGGAGACUUCCAUUUAGCUGCACCGUUUUCCUGGGAUGACGCAAGAACUUUUUACUUUAAAUUCUAUACAAACUCAGCACCACUGAGUCGUUGCACAUUCAUCUGCUCUUCAGACAAUUCAAAAGAUCAACACAGAUGCCCGUGAUCACAGAGAGAACCUCCUCUCAUCUGGAAGGGAAAAAGCAGUCUCUUUUUUCUUUUUUUGCCUUCUGUUUCUGUUUUUUGAUCAAGCAGAAUUUUACAGACUUGCUGUAAAGAACAACCCAAACCAUCCCAACUACCAGGGGACCAUUAGAUGGACGUGAAGAGGCUGUUCUGCACAGUACCAGACAUGCUCACCCCACAUCCCACCUGGGAGAGGGUUGGGGUUUUCCCUUGGCUUAGUGCAGCUCCAGGUCAUGCUGACCGGCCUUGGGAACACGCACUCAGGAGAAGCUGGCCGAUGUAAACUUGUACGCUGUGUGCAUGAACCUUGUGUUCUUUACUUUCCACAUGUAAGGGAUAAACAACAUACUGUAGUAGAAAUCAGCAUGCAGGAGUAAGAAAUAUAGGAUUUUUUUUUACAGGAUUUCAAGCUUUGAAAGGCAACUCUUUGAACCUAAACAUCAAACAAACAAGGAUUAUAUCUUUUUUUUUUUUUUUUUUUUAACCUUACAUGUUUAUAAUCUCAGUAUACAGAUUGUAUAUAUGUAAACAUUUGAUAAUGUCAAAAAUAGCUAUUAUACAUAAGUGUAUUUUGCCAAAUGCCUAAAGAAAAAUGACUAACAUCAUCACACUUCAAAUUUUCUAAUACAUGAGCAGACAACUUUGGAAAUACAGAAAGUACAGUACUGUAAAACCACGUCACAGAAACUGGUUUUUGACCAAAAUCUGUACUAUCUUCUAAGUAGCCGACAAUCUCAAUUGUAUGGUGGAGUGCAGGAACCAGUACGGUGGCACUUUGUCUUAAAUCAUCAUAAGGGGAAGCAGCCAAAAAGCGCUGUUGAGUGAGAUGACCCAACCCGACACUGGGGCGAUCAGGAACGAUCCUGUAGACAACAGAGACAGAGCCUCGAAGUAAAAUGCAGUACAAACUUCCUGGAAAUCUGGGAAUAACUUCUAACGCUCAAUUCAGGAUGUGGUGAUGUGAAGUCCUCUGGCAAGGCUUGCUGUGUAUUUCUGAUAGAGCACUUCAGAUGCUGUUUUGGAUGAGACUGUAACUUAUGAGAAACCUAACAAUUUCACUGCACUAGAUAAUACCAAUGCUGGGCAAGUGGCCAGUGUCAUUCUUGUCUUUUCAUUUGUUUGUGGAGUUUCCUUUACCAUGUGCUCGACUGCUCUGCUUGCUGCCUCUGAUGUCCCCUUGAAACGUUUGGGUGGCCAUAAACUGAGUACAAGUGAGUUUAGCCAGAAAAAAUGGAAAAAAAUCCCAACACUUUUACCGUGGAGAUGUUGAUCUCCCAAAUCAAUGGAUAGUUAGCUUUCGAAUACUGAGACUUCUAAAGGGUGUCUGUUGAACUACAAAGGUGGACAUUUCCACUCAGUAAGAAAACCGGACCAUGUUAAAUCAAUCUAUAAUUCUCCAGCUCUCCAAAAAUGACAAAUUCCUAGCUUCUAGCAGUGCCAUUACAGAACAACACACCCGAUUCUGUAUGGUGCAAUUGAAUACCUUGCCAACAGCCGAAUUAUCAAUUGGAUAUUAUCCUGACGGGAGCAUCCACAGUGUUUCUGAGUCUUCUACCUCUUUCAUGCAUUUCCUUUAAGAAGCAAAGCCAACACUUUCAGCCUCUUAAUAUAUUUUUUUAACUUUUAAGUAAGUGAAUAAAGUUGGAUAUAUGUAAGAUUAAAUUAAGAAAUGUUUUAAGAUGUCAGCAAGUAUAAAAUAUAUAAGAUUUUUAGAAGCACUAUAUUUUAUGAUUAGGCUGUGUGUUGGAUUGUAACAAAAUGUUGACCUUGGAGUUCGUUCCAGUGAUUUCCUUCGCAGUCAACAGGUUCUGGUAAGUAUUUUAUAAAAAGGCAAAUAUGAGUGAGUACAGAGUACAAGACAGAAUGUGUUGAAUGAGCCAGCCACUAGUAAUUGCUUUAAGAAAAGAUUCUGCACUUUUGUGAAGAGUGAAUAGCUAUCAGCACAGAAGAAUAUUUUUUGCAAAGACUUCCUUUGAGUGUAGGUGAAAAGUAGUUGAUAAUGCAUAGCUCAUGAAGUUGGGGCCUGAGCCAUAAUCACCUGAAAUCGAUAGAAGUCUGUUAUCGAUUCCACUGGAAACUGAGGAGAGCCCUCAAGGAGUUCACCUCCAUUAGGAAAUUAUGCUAACCUGAUCGCCUCUCUGUUAUUCUGUUGCCUCUUAGCUGCUUUCCCCUUUUGUCUCAGUAUUUUGUCUCCAAUAACUGGACUGUUCAUCACGUGCCUUUUACGACAUUUUGUUUGGUUACAAACUAGCAUGUGAUUUUGAAUAACACUGUUAGAUUUCUGUGCGUAUUUCAUACUCACCACCCUUUACUCUUCCUUUUCCAUUCUGCCUUAUCAAGAAGCAGCAAGAUUUGGCAAACAGAACUGGAUGUAACAUAUUGGCUGUUUGUGUAAUGUUCAUAGCAACUUGUUUUGAAAACAAAUGGCUCUCCUGACUGUAUUUUCAACAUACUGUGUACUUACUGCUUCUUACGUGUUUUGGUAUAAUACAUUCGUAGCAUAUCAUGAUCCAGUUGCGUCACAUUUGGAGAUAUGUAGUAACUGGAAGUCUAGUUAUGACUUCUGAGUUCAAUAAACAUUGACUUUCACUUUGAUUGUCUAGAAUGAGACCAUCACAAAACGUUCAUUUUUUUGCAGAAUUCUUCUGCAGAAAAUCAUGCAGUAAGUUUGCAGCCUGGAGAUUUUGUCAAGGCACAAAACCUGAACGCGUUUGGCUCUGAAAGCCUCUAAUGCCAAUGGAGGCCAAAGAGGAAGGUGUUUGCUUGCAUUCUAUGCUUUCCUACUUUUAAAAUGUGUGGAAAGCUGUCAGAUUAGUAACCUUGAAGAUGACUGCAAGUAUCUUUACACACAGUAAUCGGUUACACUGUCAAUAGCAAUAUAAAUAGCUGCAUAAUCCCUCAUGUAGUCUAAGAUAGAGUACUUGUAUGGUUAGUAAGUUAGCUCAGUCAUUUUCACUCCUUCAGACUCAGGCUUGUUUUUGCCAGCUAUGCUGAAUAUCCAGAUAUGUUGAAGUGGGGAGGUUCUCAGUUCUUCUCAGGUACAUUAUAAUUACCUAUCCAUAUGAGCAUACGAACAGCAAGAUGAGUUAAACUAAUCCUAGUCUUGUAUUUCGACAUGUGGGAGAAGAACUGUGUGUAAUUUAAAAUAAAAUUAAUAUCGCUAACUGGGAGAGAAUGAAAAAUACAGACUCUAUUCAAAUAAUAAGGCUGAACACUGAUGCCGCAAUUUAAAUUUAACAACUAAAAAUCUACCUGCUAAUUCUGUUGAGGCAAUACUUCAUUAAUCCAUGCUAUUGCCAUUUGGUGAAUGCACUCAGGCAGUUUACCAGUAAUGGUUGGGACUGAAAAUUUACAUAUAAUUUUGUUACCUGAUAGGAAGUGUGAGAUGCAUCUUUGAACACAGUGACUUCCAAAUGUUUUAAGAGUUUAUUUCCUGAUUAAUGAUAUGUUGACCCAGCUAAGCUCAUGUACUCCUUAGUUAGUUUUAAUUAUGCUAAUGAACAAAUGGGCCUUUGGGCUAUAGCCUGAAUUAAAGAUAAAGAAAUUGUGUCAAGCUAGUGUGCUGAAGUCCUCUUACCUAAAUCAUUUGCUGGUUUUAAAUGGACCUUGUGGUCUUGUCAACAUCGAUAGAAACAACUGUUUUCAAGAUCAGGGCUAAGAGUAGGUCUGUACAUUAAUACAGGCAUGCAUAUAUUACAAAUUCAGACCAACUUUUCAGUCAUUGUAUCAUGGACAUCCUCGAUGUGCUAAAAAAUCUGUUGGAAUGAGAGAAUACAUGAAGUUAGAUUUUGCCAACAGGAUAUAAUGUGAAACAAUUAUGAGACUCCGUAAGCCUAAGUGAUAAUAGAUGGGCUCUUAGCAAUUGCUCUGUUAUUAAAUCCCAUAUCUAGCUGUCGUGAGCAAACUUACCAAAUUCCAGUGUAAAACUCAGCAUACAGAAGUUCUCCUCCGUUCUUUUCUUCCAUUCCCUUUCCACUCCUACUGAAAAGCACUCCCAAAUCCACUAGCAGCCUCUUGUGUUGGUUAGCUACGAUAGAAAAGCUGCAAGUUAGCUGUCCUUCCACCCAGCAUCCUAGGAAAAGUCUUUCCAGUGCUUUUGCUCAUGUUACAGUAUGGGUGAAAGAGCCUCAUGUCUCAUUUGCAGUGGUAGAACCAUUUGAUGGUUUUCAUCCAGGUUUUCGUAAGCUAUCUGAAUAUCUGCAUCAUCAUCGUUGUUUGGGCCAAUUUUAUCAACCACAGUGUAAGGUUGAUUUACCUCAUUUUUUAAGAACUUAAGCAUUCUGGUCUCCAAAGUUAGGGUUGUUUUUUUUUGCUCCAAAUGCAUCAUCCAUCAGACUGCUGAUGACCCACUGUUUGCAUGGCUUCCAAACCACGUGACAUUUAGCAGCAGUAUGGGAUUUGUCUUCUGUCAGAUUUCCUGGAGACAAAUAUGGGCAAACUGCACGUUUGUACAGCUUGCUGUCCCAUGUCUGCAUGGUGGGGUGAAGUUCCCGUGUGCACAUAGCUGUUCUGCUAUGACACAGCAGGAAAAACGGAAAACAGUGAAGCUGACUGUGCAGAUGUAGUUGCAACACAGAUAGGAUUCUCCCAGAGACACUAAAACAUUCCUUUGACCCAAACAUUUUCCAAGUUAACUUACAAAAAGUAUUUCUGGUGCCUCAUGUAUGGACGCUGGUAAGACUUAAGGUUUGGAAACAUUUAACUCUUCCAGCCAGCAGGUGGUACCGUGUCAUCCCAGAGCAGUUUGCUGCAACUGGUUAGAAACACACUACAACCAUCAACAUAAAUGUGUUAUCUCAGGCAAGUAAUCAAAGCAAUGUUCAGAACACGAGAAAUGUUGUACCUGACUUUUAAGUUGGCUCACCUUGCUGAGUCUGCUGUUUUUAGUUCUUUUCAAAAAGUACUUCAGCUAAAGCACAUUUAAACUCCUUGAAAACAUUGGUUACACAGGCUGCAAUGGCUGUAAUGGCAAAAUAGAGCAGCAGGAAGAUUAUGAAAUGCAGAGCAGCCUUCUGAAGGAAGAAGUCUAGGUGUCAUGCUAUUUUUCAUUACUGGAGCAUAGAAUGUCAAAGCAACAAGCUAUUUUUUCUGUUUCUCUACUCCUGUAACUAAGAAAAAAACAAGUUUUGGUUAUAAAAAAGUCUUGGGGCCUUAAGACCUUAUAUAUUCUAAUUUCAGCAUGGAGAGUCUAUUUUUACAGUCAAAUUAGAAAUUCUGUAUAUAGGCCUGACUGACCUUGUAAGUAUAGUGGUGCUAGCAGCUAAUCAUACAAUAUUGUAAGGCUCUGUAUAACAGUAAAUUCUGGCUUAUUUUGGUGAUUGGUACAAGGAUUCUUGCUCACUGCCUGUGUAAAGAAUCUGCCUAUUUUAUGCUUGGAAAUACAGCCCAGAACAUAUUUGAACUAUGAAUAUAUAACCUGAUUUUUCCCUUCUUAAGGGUAAAGAUAUAUUCCAAUAGGUAGUGUUUUAUAUAGAAUACAGUACUUAUUUUUAUCGUUGCAUAAACGCAAAAUAUUUUUUUUCAG